UUUUGAUAAGUACGUUUUUCUCAUCAAGCGACCAUUUUUCUAUCCGUCGGAUAGGUCCCAUAUUCAUUCAGUUAUUUACUUAAAUUAAAGGUAUACUUCUUGAACAUGAUAAGGCGAAAAACCAUGUUCAAGCUUAGAAAGUUUUUUGUAAUUUUCUUUUCGCUGCUCUUGGUGUUUAUAUGGUGCAAUCAUAAUACUUCCGCCGGACCAGAGAGCCACGUUGAGCACCUUCCGUCGCCCAAAGCUAAACCAAUUGAUCAAGAUCAACAAGGAAGAACGGAGCACACAAAUCGAAAAUGGCCAAGUCCAGAGGAGAUUUUAACGAAAGUAGCGGAACCAGAAAGUUCAGACAUCUCGGACAAGUAUCUUCCGGAGGACGAUGAAGAUUUCGAAAGUCAAAGGAAAUUAAAACGGAAGAGGAGAAUACAUAAUCUCUCCGGACGUUAUUUCGUUAGCAGUUCUAAGUGCAGUAUGCCCUAUGUGGACCCCUUCUCCAGUGAGGCCUUAGCUUUCCUCCAGCCGGUGAAAUACAAGUCGUGCACCAACGAAAGCGAUCUCUUUACGCUUAAGUACGAUAUCAAAUUGCAGCAGUAUCGAUUGAAUGUAAAUGCGACUGUGCUAUCCGAAUUGUCACAUCAUCCUAUGGAAAGGAUCACUUGCAAUUAUAGAGAGGUGGCCGACGACAUAAAUGCGGAAGUAGACACAAAGAGCUUUGAAAAAUCAGUAGUUUUAAGCAGGAAAUCCAAUGGCAUCGUGGCGGGGUGUCAUGAGGAGGGAAAAACCCAACAGGCUAUACAGCAGGAUGCCUUUCCUCUGCUACAGAUACUAAACAAGACAUCUAAGACAAAGUUCCAGCCCCUGAACAAGAGACCCAGCGUCAUAAUACUGGGAUUGGACAGUCUUUCACGAAUGAAUUUCAAGCGGACGAUGCCAAAAACUUCUCGGUUUGUGAAAGAACUGGGAUUCUUUGAGAUGGAGGGUUACAACAAGGUGGGCGAUACCACGUUUUCCAACCUUUGCGCUAUUUUUGCUGGCGAGCAAUCGGAUAAGAAGUGUCUUAAGCGGUUCCCCUUGAUAUGGAGAAAGUUUCAGGAAUCCGGUUACACAACGGCCUUUGCCGAGGACAUCUUACGUUCGUCGGUGCCUCUAGAGAUUCCCUCCGAUUACCAACUUCAUUCCCUGCAAACGGUCAUCUCCGAAACAAUGAGUACUUUCCGAAGAUUCGGCUUUGAGUACUGCAUGGGUAGACGUGUAAGUUUCUCCUAUUUGUACGACUUUUGUAUGCAGUUUACCCAGCGAAUGAUUGAGGAGCUAGAUCAACCGGCAUUUGGAUUAUUUUGGAGCUCUACUUUCACCCGCAAUUACCCACUGGGCUCCAUCAGUCUGGAUGAUAAGUUCAUGGAGUAUUUGGAGAUAAUGCAAAGGCAUCGGGUGUUCGAGCGGUCUAUUGUCAUACUGCUAAGUGACCAGGGUCAGAAGGCAGGGGACCUAGUGGAGAUGCCCGAUACUUUUCUCGAAGAACGUCUUCCCAUGCUUCACAUACACUUACCGGAAUGGUUCCAAGAAACCUAUCCAAAUGUUGCCGAAAAUCUGAACCUAAAUCGAAAUCGACUGACUUCUCCAUUUGACUUGCACAACACCCUGAGGCAUAUACUUCAGCUCAGCGAAUCUAACUCUGAGGAACUACCUAUCACACAAUACUGUCCGACUAGUCAGUCCCUGUUUCACCUGAUUCCCCAAGAUCGGAGUUGCGAGGAAGCCGGAAUUGGAAUGCACUGGUGCACCUGCAACGAGUUUGUUCUCCAGCCGAACGAUGUUAGUUCCUACUUUUUGGGCAAACUACUGGUGUACCACAUCAACAACUGGAUGCUGAAGAGGAAGUUCAAUCGGUUCUGCCAGCGGUUGCAACUCCACGAUCUGGAUUAUGUGGAAAGAAAGUUGGUCCAUGACGAUAGCACUGACGGACAAGUAAAAACCUAUAGCCUUAGGAUACGCACUUAUCCCCUUGGUGGAGUUUUCGAGGCCACGAUUCGCUAUAGUCGGGAGCUCAAUGAAAUGGUGGAUUUCAGAAUGUCGGAUAUCAGUAGUAUGAUCAACUAUCACAAACAUUCGAUGUGCGUAGAUGAUAGAAGGGCCAAGAAGUUCUGCUUUUGCUAUCCAGAAAACAUGGAUGGAAAUAUGAAGGAAUGGAGAAAUUUAAAGAAGAAGAAGUUUACUUAAUAACAAUUCAACUUAAAUUUUGGUGAUCGAAUAUCAAAUCAAAGAAAUAAGUCUUUACACAGUUAAACCAAUAAAACCAUUAAAAGAA